UAGACGAAAGAGCAAGUCAAUCAAGUCUGUAUCUCAUGCAAUGAAUGCACUUUAAGAUCGUCCGUAACCGCGAUCUGUUAAACUACCACAAGUAGGACUUUAUCGCCAUUUCUGAGAAAGUAUUUUUAAUAGUUUUUCGCAAAGACGCGAGCAUAUUGAUCAAGAAUUGAGACUUCCGUGUACAGAGAUUGAUGACCACAAGCAAAGACUAUCGAUUAUCAUACAGCACAUAGGUAGCAGUACUCGAUUCGUACGCUGGGUUACCAAUCAAGUUCGGUGAAGAUCACAUAGCUUUGGAUGAGAAAAGCACUAGGCCAAGGUGAAAGUUUAUCGGCGGUCGGACUGUGAUCGCAAAUAUACUGAGAGCAACUUCUGGAUGGCAUGAGAACUAGACGGAAAUCAGUAACAAGCAAUGGAGACAACCUACGAUCACUCCAUGUUGUUAUGCUGGGCCAGGAUGGCGUUGGAAAAUCAGCACUGACAGUUAGACUGUUGACGAAGCGAUUUAUUGGAGAGUACGACAAGACACUGGAGUCUGCCUAUCGUUAUGUAUUUGAGACUGACCAGGAACAAGUACCAUUGGACGUACUUGACACGGCUGGAAGAAACACAAAGCGAAAGCUUGAAAUCUGCGCAGAAAGCAGUGACAUCUUCGUAGUUCUAUACUCCAUCACUGACAAAAAGAGUUUUACUGAAGCUGCGCGAAUCGGUCGACUAAUUCGCCGCACGGUACCCCUGUCAGCAACAGGAAUGGUCCUUGUUGGUACUAAGUCUGAUUUAGAACAUUUACGCGAUGUCAAACGCAGGGAAGGCGAAUAUUUAGCAAGACAAAUGAACUGCUCUUUCUAUGAGAUAUCGAUAUCAGAGAGUUCUAUAGAUACUAUCAACAUGUUCACAGAUAUUAUCAGGAAAUACUUGGACGCGCAUCCCGGUGCUCUUAUCCCUGGAGCGAAUACGAGUAUGUAUUCCAGUGCGACUGGUCCAAGAGGAAGUUCAGGUAGCUUGGAGAGACGAGCGUCAGCUAAGACUCUCUCGAUUAUGAAUGGAAUCAGAACAACAUUUGCCAGAAGAAAAUCAAUUUAUUAAUGGAUUCUGUACUGAAUCUUCUGUACUGUCUGG